AUGGCGGAAAUGUUAAAUGGCGAUUCUUUUACGACUGACGAACUUCCAUAUGAAAUGUACGAACUAGAGCCACCUACACUUUCAGAAAUCGCAGCAGUUUUGCAAAAUGGAAUGGAACCCUUGUUUGACUUCUUGAAAGUUGACGUAGCUAGCUGCCCUUGUUUAACUAGAGAACCAUAUAAUCUUGUUGGAGUAGGAUUAUGUGGCAACACAGCAAUAGUAGAAUUUCCUGGUUCCACAGAAAACAUACCGUGGAAUGAAAGAACACGUGAUAUUAAAUCUGUGCUAAGUGCCAGCUGCCAAGAUUCCUUUAUCAUUGGAAGUUCGUACGCUACAAAACCACAAAUGCCUUAUUUUGGACACCUCAUUAUGAAUGCAAAGUACAGAGCACCUGAGAAUUUUACGAAUGCGAGUCGCAUUAUUUUCACAAGAACAGACAACGGACAGAGAAGGAUAGAAACGUUAAUUCAUCCUAAUCAAAUGACAUACGCCAACCACGGCAGUUUUUUUCUCAGCGAGGGCAGAACGGGGAAUGUUAUCAGAAUGCGUGCCAGGGGUCGUAGAAUGACUAACAUGGACAUCAUAACUUUAAUGCAAAAGAUCCUUUCUGAAUAUACUGGAAGAAAUACGACUGAAUUUUUUGGUGGUGUUCUAAGAAUGAGAUACGGACAAGUGGCAUGUAAUGUUAUGUGUGACGAAUAUCCGGGGCGGAUAUUAUCAUUUAACAAUUUUUUUUUACAACAGCAAUGUAUCGAGAUAACUCUAGAAUCAGAUUUGAUAGCAGUUGGUGUGAUAUUUAACAAUAUUCCACUACCAUUAGCUGAUCAGGAACAGCGUUACGGAAUUAAUCUGUACAAUAGAAGUGAGUUCCAUUGUUUUUCUAAUUAUGGAGCAGGCGGACAAUUUAUUAGCGAUACUACUCCGAAUACGACGGAAUAUGAAGGUUACUUCAAUGUAGCGAAAAAGUUGAUUGACGUUAAAUAG